AUGUCAGCAAACGAAGCUCCGGCUGACCCAGCUGCAGUCAAAGACACACCGUUGCGCAACAACACCAAGGCCAGGGAUAAGGCGUCGCGGGUCAGGGACAGUCAGCGAGCCUCUCGUGCUCGCAAGCGCGAACUUGUUGAAUCGCUCCGCGCCCGCAUUGCUGAAUAUGAGCGCCAGGGCGUCCAGGCCACUCUCGAGAUGCAACAGGCCGCCCGCGCCGUCGCGGAGGAGAAUGCGCAGUUGCGGAAACUCCUUGCUAUGCGCGGCGUCGGUCAGGCUGAGAUUGACGCUUUUCUCCAGCGAGGCGAGGUCACGCACACUGGGCAGCUGGCACCCAGACACUCUCGUGCCGCGGAGCCGCAGCUUGCUGGGCCACCACACCCGAUUGCGCAUUCCCGGAACGAUGCAGGGGGCCAAGCUUUGGUGGGUGCUUCUUUGAUGAGCGAUCAAACACAAGCAGCUGGCCCGACCUGCUCGGAUGCGGACCCUGCUGUCCGGCUCCCGCUCCGCUCCAUGCUGGAAACUCCCUGUGAUAAUGCAACCGCAAUCCUGGUGCAGGUUCGUGGGGAUGAGAGCGAAGUCUCUAUCCGCAAAGCGCUUGGUUGCAUUGGUCCGGGGAGCUGUGUCGUGAGGAAUACGAAAUUACUGCAGCUUAUGGAAGAGGCUGGCUGA